ACGACGCGAGGUCUCCUAACAGUACAUCGUCCAGCACAGCCUCCCGCCUUACGUAACAGUCCCGCCGCGCCCGGCGAAGCCUCACUACGCCACGGGAACCGCGAAACAAAACACAAACAAACUUUUAAACUAUCAAUAAUUUUCUAAACACUACGAAACUAGCGCCAUCUUGUUUUGCAAAACGUCAAAAGUUAUAUCUCAAAAAUAUAUUUUUAAAAAAGUUUUGUUUGCGGUAGUGAAAUAAUUUUGUUACAUCAUAAAAGUAUGUAAAUUCAAGUUAACAACGAUAAAAAAUGGGGAUGUUCAGAUACCAGUACAUCUGCCUUCUACUCCCACUGCUAACAAAUGGGACACAGGAUCAACAUAAAAGUGUCCCAUCAGGGGAUACCAACAGCUGCCCUUUCAAAAGAAUCAUUGAAGAUAUAUUCAGAAUACAAAGGAAAUAUACAGAAAAUCCACUUACAAUAAAAGAAAAUGAAAGAAGGAAAUUCUUAGUAAACUCAGUAACUAAUUUAACAACAUACAACAGUACGCACGUAUCGAUACAAGAAGAAUUAAUAAACGACAUAAUUGCAUCAAUAAAUAGAAUAAAAAAUAACAUGUCAUCAGAAAUAAAUGCCAAUGAAACUAAACUGAAUGAAGCAAUCAUUCUAAAUGUACCUCAAAACGAACUUUCUAAUACAAAAGCAAAUGAGAAUUAUAACAAAACUGGGUAUAACACAACAUUCAUUAAAAGUGGCAUUGAAGAUAAAUUUGAUAUGCAUCCUUUGAUAAAUGCCACAAAUAAAUAUAACAUUAACAAAACUAAUAUUUCAACAAGUAAACCAGAUUAUGUAGAAAUAUUAACAAUCGAGCCUAACACAAGCAAUAACACAACUCAACACAAUAUAAUCGAAGUAUUAAAACAUUUAAUGCCGAUGUUGAAUAGUUCGAAUAACAAGGAACUUCACAGUGUCACUAUAAUUGAAAGGAAUCAUAGUAAAAACCAUUCAAUAUCUGAAACAAAGAAUAUAUCAACACUAGUUCUUAAAUAUUGUGACAAAAGUAAUAUGACUGCGGUAACUGAUGAAAAACUGACUGAUGAUGAUUCAGGAGUAGAUUAUUCUAAUAAAGAAUUGCCAGUUAUCGACCAGGAUAAUUUAGAAGAUGAUUAUGAUAUCGAUAAAGAGAAUUCGGAGUAUAAUGACAAACCAGUGGCCAGUAAUUUAACGAAUAAAAACAGAGAUGUUUUAGAAGCAGCUGAAUAUGGAAUUCAGAAAAUGCACGAAUUGUAUAGCGUUUUAGAGCCGAAAUUGUACUCUAUGGGGCUAUGGUUAGACGAUACCAACCCGGCUCGCUAUUUGGCAGCAUUCAAUGCACCAUCAGAAGACUCGGCCAAAUAUACUCGCUACGGUUACGCUACUCUACAAGCAGCCACUAAAUUUAAACAGCUUAACAGAGGCGAUGCUGACGGCGAUGGCGAGGAUGCGGGGGCGGAGAGUCGAACGGAGGCAGGGACGUUCCCCGCGGCGAGCGCGCUGCGCCAGUCAGCAUUGCUUGACCAGUGCCCGCUGCGUACCGCGCCCAAGUGUCCGCCGGCGUCAAAACGGUAAGCCUGCCACCAGUUAUUAUUA